UGGGUUGUCGGCUUCCUCGGCAAAUGACAGGGCUGCUUUUCGCGUAUUCGUAUGGUAUCGGAGGCAGGGUCGUUGCUAUCUUUGGGAGCCCCGUCAUGCACAGACGCAGCGCGUUCUCCUUUUGGCACUUGGAUGGCAACCCGACGGAGGGGGAGAGCCAAAGGGAUGUGGGCGGGAAAUUCAGCUUUGGGGAGCUUGGCCAGCCCCAGCCGGGGACAUCCUGGCCCCUGGGACUGCAGCAGUGCGGCACAGCACUUGAUUCGACAUGGGGCGAGCAAAGGGACACCAUCACGGGCCACAUGGGACCCACCGCCCCUCGCUAACUUGGACAGUUUUGGGACAUCUGACCAUGUCCCUCUGAGUUCAAGACAACAUCCGCAAAUAUCGACACAGAGAGAGUGGAACCGGCCAUGGCAGCUGAGAACGCGGCCGAACGCGGCCGCCUCGGCACCCGGCGACACCGCAGUUGUGCUGAUCGCAGUGAGGAGAUACGGUGAUGGCACUUUUUGAGACACUGCGGAGGGGCGGAAGGCGUCGUCGUUGAUUGUUGGUUGUGCAUCAUCAUCAGUCGUCACCGAAAUCUCAUCGGCAGGGCGGCAGGUGAGGCUGCCACGAAUUUGCCCCCGAGGCUUGCAGCCAAUCUCUCGGAUUCGAGGGCGAGAGAACAAACACCCCUUGAUUUCGCUUUUUACCAUGGUCACUCGAAGGAAGAGACGGCAUCAGGAUGGGCUCUGAAGCACGCACCUCGGAUCCUUCAAGACCAUUUGCCCUGAAGCUAUCGCAGGUUUAUGCGGCUCGUCCUCCGGCCUGGCAUCCUGCGAUCUAUCUGGCCUCACACGUGCCGUUGUAGGAGCGUGAGAUCUUAGUGUCAAACCACCCGAUGAAACCAUCUCUUCCCGUCGUCUGUUAGCAAGUUGCGCCACUGCCUUUUCUACCAUCACGGCUUCUCGAUGUUUUAGAACCAAACGGUGCACCGUCUUCGCGCCAUCUCUCGGGCUUGUUUGUAGUAUACAUACAUAGUUACACAGUAUACCAUGGCAGCCGCCGUCUCCGCCACGGUCACCGGCGGAUUUCCUUGUCAUCUCAACGAGCCAACCCAAUGGGCUGAUGAGCUGCAUCCCCUCUAACUAGUAGUUAUUACUGUGUAGUUAUUUGUCAGAAUGCCAAACAGACACC